CUCAAGUGCUCGAGUGCGAUCAGCCAUUUUAUAUAACUAAACAAUCCUGAAUUUUCAGUUCGUUUUUGCGAGUGAUCCCAACAACAUGAUUUCCCGGAUUUUGAUAAGUUCGAUAUUGCUUUUCCUGGCCUGUGAGGCGAAGAGCGAGAAACGGCACCCUUUGGAAGUGAGAUACGAAGAGUGGCUUAGAGGGAAGAUCGAACUAAUGAACGCUCAGGUUCAGAGCGCUCACAACGAGCUAAAAAACGACCUCAUCUCCUUAAUCUCCAAAAGUUCAGAAGAGAUAGACGAGAUAACCGAUUCGCACCAAUCUCUUCUUAAGAGCUCCGGUGUGGGUGCGAACUGCUUGGAGGAAGGCCUGAAGCAGCUGGCCGAGGUGAAGAACUCCAGCAAACACAGCUUUUUCACUUGCGCCAACUUGACUACGGCGAUGGAAGACGUCGGCGUCAUCGGAUGGCAAGUGGUCAACUUCGUCUCGAAAACGCUCAUCUACUUGGACAACAUCCUCAACGGGCUUUCCGAUUGCACAUGGAACUACUACCUCCCGCCAGUCAAGUGCUAUGUCUCCUACGUCUACACCGCUAUUUCAGAUAUGAGCAGGUUCAUGUACGAUGUAAAGACCCUCCUCAACAGCAUUUCUAUCCGGGCGUCUGAUAUUAAAAAUCAGAUUUCUUAUUGCAAGAAUGGACCGAAAAAUCAGAUUGUUGUCAUGGCGAAAAACGUCAUCAAUAACGCCCACCUCUGUAAACGUCUUUCCAAAUAAAAUGUAUUUGAUUUUUAAUUUUUAAAAUCUAUAUACAAAUAAUAAAUUAUUGGUCUUGUUUAA